CUCCGUCCUUCCACAGGAGGUUAUGGCUGAGGACUUUGUGAAGACAAGAGGACACCGGGGAUUAUUUGAUGGAAACUAUGCGUUUUCGUGCGUAAUAGUGUGAAAUAUCUUCUCCACUCAGCAGCUGGGAUGAGCUCCAGAUCAAGGAGGCGUUGAGCCUGCCAACAUGUCCCACGCACAGGUCGAGAUACCAGGACGCGGGUUCCCAGGCCUCCCUGUGGAUAUGACCGACGACUGCUUGUCCCGGGUGCCAUCCGUGCUGAGGACGCACGGCUUGGGCGCGCGCAGAAACUCUUACGGGCUGCAGAAAAUCAGCAUGGACAUGGAUUCGCCUUUAUACAGCGGGGCCCUCUCCAAAGCCCUGUCCUGGUCCGCCGAGAACAUCCUGACACUGUCCGAGUCCAGAGUAGAGGAGGAGAAAACCUCUCCACCGUCCCCGUCCCCGGUCUCCAGCCCGGGCACCAGCUCCAACACGCCCCCAGGCAGCCAGGAGCCCGACGCCGGCUCCCUCACUCACGGCAGCUGGGAACCCGUCCAGAGAUCCAGGGGCCGGGCCGCCAGCUCGGACUCUGAGAGUGAACUUCACAAUAAGCAGCACAAGACAUUGUCUCGCAUCACCUUUGACACCCAGUCUGAGCAGGAGGAGAAGGAGGACGUGGAGACCAAAGCGGUGGCAACUUCCCCUGAUGGAAGAUACCUCAAAUUCAACAUAGAGAUUGGAAGAGGAUCCUUCAAGACGGUCUAUAAAGGGCUGGACACCGAGACAACAGUGGAGGUGGCAUGGUGUGAGCUCCAGACCCGCAAGCUGACCAAGGCAGAGCGGCAACGCUUCAGCGAGGAAGUGGAGAUGCUGAAGGGGCUGCAGCACCCGAAUAUCGUCCGCUUCCACGACUCCUGGAAGUCGACGGUGAAGGGCCACAAGUGCAUCAUCCUGGUGACGGAACUCAUGACGUCAGGGACGCUCAAAACGUACUUGAAAAGGUUCAAGGAGAUGAAGCUGAAGCUGCUGCAGCGCUGGAGUCGACAGAUUCUCAAAGGGCUCCACUUUCUGCACACGCGUGCUCCUCCCAUCAUCCACCGGGACCUCAAGUGCGACAACAUCUUCAUCACCGGCCCCAUCGGCUCCGUCAAGAUAGGAGACCUGGGGCUGGCCACCCUCAAAAGUGCCUCUUUUGCUAAAAGUGUCAUUGGCAUCUAUAACAAAUAUCCACGAAAUGGUGGACACACUGGGAAGGAGAGCCGCCGCGGUGGAGACCACAACAGGAGAGACACCAUGGGGAAUCUCUUAACUACACCACCUGAACUGGAAUGUGCGCAUCAGGCUCUGGCACAGAAACCUAAAAUGGACCAGUCACCCAGACCCAUCAUCGUCGCCUUCCACAGAUAUCAAGACCGAGAGUGA